AUGCCAAAGAAGUCGCUCUUCUCGGCACCAUCCAAUCAACCAGGCUCCACGACCCCAAUUCCUGUUCCUUCGACAUUCCUCGACGGGCAUCCUCUCCCGGCCCUACUCGUCUUCGACCUGGACUACACUCUUUGGCCCUUCUGGGUAGACACGCAUUGCACGCCGCCACUCAAGCCCGCCAACUCGUCCUCCAGCAAAUCCAAGUCUAAGUCCAAGUCUGGAGAUGUAUCGGAUGUCAAUACCGCCAUGCUUGACGCCUACAACGAAUCAUUCAGCUUCUACGCCGAGGUCCCUACCGUUCUUGCCGCUGCGAGAGCACGAGGAGUACUGAUGAGCGUAGCAAGUCGGACGCAUGCGCCCGAUCUGGCGGGGCGAAUGUUGCGUGGUCUCUAUGUUCCGCCACUACAAGCCCAGGAGACUGACGGUGAAGUUGAGGACUCUUCCAGCGGAGCAAGUCAAUUCCAUGAAUACGGCACUUCACAGCAACAAGCCCAACAAAAGCGCAUAUCCGUCUCGGACCUACUUCGCAAGGAGCCUUCCACGUCCCCUGCCCGGAGGGGCCUCGACUUCUUCGCCGCCCCACAGAUGUACCCAGGCAGCAAAGUCACACACUUCAUCAACAUCCAAAAGUCAGUCCUAGCUGCUGGAGGCAAAGAGAUAGCAUUCUCAGACAUGGUCUUCUUCGACGAUGAGUUUAGAAAUCACGAUGUCGAGAAGGAGCUGGGAGCCACCUUUGUGCUAGUGAGGGACGGAGUAACGGUGGCGGAAGUGGACCGGGGCAUCAGAGAGUGGCGGCGAAGAAGAGGGCUGUCUGGCGGAAGUAGGUGA